CAUGAGCAAUAAAUUAGAUUGCAUGGGCAUGUGUGGUGAGUUUAGUAACAUGGUUCUUUUGAGUGAUAUGGUGAGCAGGGAGAGGAGUAGAUGCAUACCUUCAAGUUAUGUGUGGCCUAAGAAUGAGAGGCCUAACUUGUUAGAAAUGGAGAGCUCUGAUGUAUCAAUCCCACUCAUUGAUCUUCAUGAAAUGGAUGACCAUCAACAUUCACUUGUUGUCAAGGCUAUAGGUGAAGCUUGCAAGAGUGACGGCUUCUUUAUGGUGAAGAACCAUGGGAUACCUGAGACAGUGCUGAGUGAGAUGUUAAGAAUCAGCAAAGAGUACUUCAAAUUGCCAGAGUGUGAGAGAAUGAAAGCAUACUCUGAUGAUCCAAAAAAAAACAUGAGGCUCUCCACAAGCUGCAAUGUCAAAACUGAGAAAGUUGCCAGUUGGAGAGACUACUUAAGACUCCAUUGUUAUCCUCUUGAAGACUUCAUUCAUCAAUGGCCUUCUAACCCUCAUUCCUUUCAGGAAAUAGUUGGAGAGUACUGUAAGAGAGUGAGGGAGUUGGCAUUGAAACUACUUGAGGCCAUUUCAGAGAGUUUAGGAAGGGAGAAGAAGUACAUGGAGAAAGCAUUAGGGAAACAAGGACAACACAUGGCCAUUAACUAUUAUCCUCCAUGUCCGCAACCAGACUUGACCUUUGGAUUGCCAGGACAUAAUGAUCCAAAUGCCAUCACUAUUUUGCUGCAAGACACUAUUCCUGGUUUGCAAGUUCUUAGGAAUGGCAAAUGGCUAGCUGUUAACCCUUUACCAAACACUUUGAUCAUUAAUAUUGGGAAUCAGAUUGAGGUGUUGAGCAAUGGGAGGUACAAGAGUGUGUUACAUAGGGCCAUUGUAAACAAAGACAAUGAGAGGAUCUCAGUAGCCACAUUUUACUGUCCGUCUUAUGAUGCUGUUAUAGAACCAGCGAGGGAGCUUGUGGAUGAAGAACAUCCAAGAAUCACAAAGACCUUCACUUAUGGAGAAUAUUAUGAUCAAUUUUGGACUCUUGACUUGAAGUCUGAGUCAUGCUUGGAUUGUUUUAAAGUUUAGAUCCAAUAUAUAUAUAUAUAUAUAUAUCCAUGUGUGUGAUCCAAUCAAUCUUUUAUCAUUCAACUCAAACUCCUCUCUCUGCCAUCCGCUGUGUUUUUUUUUUGUUGUCAUGUUAAUUUAGUAGAAGAAAAAUAAGUGCAAUGUUGGAGACUUUUUAGACUUUUAUGUAUUUUAAUUUUUCAAAGUUUAAAGUGUUAUAUUUUGCAUUUAGGGGGUAUUUGGUUGUAGGUAAGCGAAAUUACAUAUAAGUGAAAAUGUUGUAUUUCAAUUUA